AAAAAACAAACCGUCACUGAUGAUAACGAAAAGAAGGUUACGGGAAAACCAGGAAAAAGAAAAAAAAACAACAAGAGUGUGAACCAGAUAAUGUGAAAAAUUCGGGAAUCACCAUUCGAAGAAGAAAAAAGAAAAACUGAGUGAAAAUCAUAAUGAGAGACUUUCUCAGAUACGUAAAGAGUUCCCUAAUCAAUUAUUGUAACAAAUGAAACAUUUGUAAGUAAGUUGAUGGGCAGUGAUGAGGCUCAACAGUUAUUGCUUUCAGAGUCAAGGGAUCACUCUCAAAUCAUCAAUGAGAAGAGUGACCUUCAGAGAAGAAGACCGCGACGCGGCGGUGCUUCAGAGACAGAGAUCAAUCUUCAAGAGCAGAAUGGUGCUCAAAACCCUUUACAUGAUCAAUGUAUGACUGAAAAACAAGAAGCAGAAUUCCAUUUCAGGCCAGUUUUCUUAUAUUUAGCAGCUUACUUAGGAACAGGCACCUUAUGUUUCUUUCUCACAAGUUACCAAAUUGAGGGUAUAAAAACCAAUGGAUUUCUUGAUGCCCUUUAUUUCUGUGUUGUGACAAUGACAACUGUUGGAUAUGGUGAUCUUGUUCCUAAUAGCCCUUUAGCGAAACUACUUGCUUGCAUUUAUGUCUUCACUGGCAUAGCUCUCGGUGGCUUAAUUCUUAGCAAAGCAGCAGAUUACAUUGUUGAAAAACAGGAAAUAUUUAUUGUUGAAGCCAUAUGCAAGGCUGAAAAUUUUGGUGUAGAAGAGAUUGCUGAAGAACUUGGAACUAACAAAAGCAAAUACAAAUUUGUGCUUGCAGCAUCCACUUUUUGUGUCCACAUGAUUGUAGGAACUGUUUUUCUGUGUUUUGUUGAAAAUCUAGAUUUUGUGGAUGCACUCUAUUGUGUUUGUUCCACAGUCACUACUUUAGGUUAUGGAGAUAAGAGCUUCUCAACUACUAUUGGUCGAACUUUUGCUGUGUUUUGGAUAUUGAGCAGCACCAUUUGCUUGGCUCAGUCUUUUGCUUACCUUGCUGAACUCUAUACUGACGAUAGACAAAGAUCACUUGCGAAAAUGGUUCUUACCCGAAAACUUUCGCCCCUUGAUCUUGAGGCAGCAGAUCUUGAUGGAGACAAAGCUGUCAGUGCUGCAGAGUUUGUUGUAUACAAGUUGAAGGAAAUGGGAAAGAUUAACCAAGAAGAUAUUUCAGCUGUGAUGGAGAUUUUUAGAAAACUAGAUUGUGAUCACUCAGGAACUCUGACUGAAUCCGAUAUCAGAAAUUCUGAAUUCUGAACCAUCUUAACAUUAUGACUGUCUACUAUAUAAAUCAUGAAUUUCAGUUUAGAUUUUUAACAUUUUGUCUUUGUUAGUUUUUUAAAUUAAUUGAAACUUAAUAAUACCAGAUAAAUAAAUUUAACAGCAAGAGGGAAUUAGCUUCAACUGCUAGCUUUUUUUUACAUAUUUGUAAAUAUCAUUUGAAUGAAAAUUAUCCAAAUAUAAGUUGUUAAA